AUGGGCGCAUGCGCCACCAAGUGCUUCGCGCGCGAUCCCCCUCUUCGCUCGUCAUAUCCGCCUACCAGAUCCGCAGAAGACGAAUACCGCGUCGCGAUGCUCGUCCUCCCGCUCGUUGAGGACGUCAAAACCCGCGUCGUGGCUUCGCGGCUCAGCAGAGGGUGGAGGGACGCGGACAAGAGCGCGGCGUCGUUGCCGGCGAAGCUCGACGGCUUAGAUCUUUACCCCAAUAAUCCUCGGAAUACUUACGGACGCGUGGUAACAGCCAGCUACGAGUACGUGAUGCGCCACGAAGGCGUGCUCGACCUGCCGAAGGAGCGGGUGGAGGCGCUCCUGACGCGCUUUUGGGAAACGCCUCCCACGCACAGGUUAUUCAAGGACACCCACUAUUUUUGUCAACGCGCCGCUUAUAUCGGCAACCUGGAGCUGUUGCAGUGGCUGCGCGAGCACGACUAUCCGUGGAGUACAGCCACGUGUGCAAGCGCCGUGUUUGGAUCACAAUUGGAGGUACUCAGGUGGGCGUUGGCGAACGGCGCUCCCUGGGAUAAGUAUGAAACAACCUUCAGCCGACCGGGCAACCGCGAGAACGUGAUAACGUGGCUGUUGAACCCCCGUAAAGGGGACCCACGCCCCUCCGAUUGGGAAAAGUACCUUGAACUGCUCCGAGAGGCGGGCAAACGACAGGUGAGUAAGCGACUCGUUGCGCGAGGAUGA